UUGUUGCUGUUGUGAAGACAACAAAUAAAAGAAGAGAAAAAAAAACGAGCCCCGGGCAUUAACACCAUAAAUCAAUAACGUUUCAAAAAAAAAACUUAGAUAGCGUAAAUUUGCCGGCGAUAUGUUGCCGGCAAAGCACAACAGCAACAAUGAUACGCAAACAACAGCAGCAGCAGCAGCAGCAGCAACCACCAUGAACAAUGGUCAUCUGCAAUCUAAUGCAAUGGACGAGCUUAAGAGCACAGUGGUGGCGCCACUGCUGGGACAGGCACAACAGCAACAGCAACAGCAGCAGCAGCAGCAACAAAUACAGCAGCAACAACAAAUACAGCAGCAACAGUCGCCGCAGAAGCUGCCAAGCAUCGUUUUCUUAAGCGCCGAUGGCAGCGGCACUGUGGGCAGCGCUUUGCAGCGCAAUAUGAUGAGUCCGCCUACACCCAGCCACACCCAUAGGGGCAGCGAUUGGCUGCUGGUGAAGCAGACGAAGCAGCGACGUCGCCUCUUCGUCUUGGCCAUAGCAUUUACCGUUCUAGGCGCUGCCAUAGGCGCUCUGGCCAUUUACUUUGCCAGCGUGCAUCAGUAUUGUCAGCUCCAGGACGCAGGCGCUGGCAAAGCCAAUGGCUUGGGCUAUGUGACAAGCGGACAGGCAGGACGACAGCUGACAACAGGACAGCAGGACAAUGUGUGCCUCACACAGGAAUGCGUGCGCACAGCUGCCUCGUUGCUGUCAGCCAUGGAUAUAACUGCAGAUCCUUGCGAGGAUUUCUUUCAGUUUGCCUGCGGCACUUGGAACAAAUUGCAUCCCAUACCAGAAGAUCGCAGCUCAAUUAGCACUUUUGAGGUGCUCUCGGAUCAGCAGCAGUUGAUACUGCGCGGCGUGCUGGAGGAGCCGUUGGAUGAGCGCGACAAUGAAGCCACCACCAAGGCCAAGACCUUCUUCAAAAGCUGCAUGGACAUACCCCAGAUACGUAAAGUGGGCGCUGGACGCGUCAAGCAGGUGCUGCGCUCCUUGGGCGGCUGGCCGGUGAUCGAGAGCAACUGGCAGGCGCCCGCGGGCAUAAGCGUGGAGCAGCUGAUGGGACAACUGCGACUCAACUAUAGCGAAUCCGUGCUGAUUGAGCUCUAUGUGGGCGCCGAUGACAAGAACAGUUCGGUGAACAUUAUACAAAUGGAUCAGCUGCAGUAUGCGCUGCCCUCGCGGGACUAUUAUCUGAAGGAGAGCAGCGCCAAUGAUCGCUUGGCCUAUCACAAGUAUAUGACGCAGGUGUCGGUGCUGCUGGGCGCGAAUGCGGAGACGGCGGCGCAGGAGCUGCAGCGCGUGGUGGAGUUUGAGACGCAGCUGGUGAAGGUGUCGCUGCCGGAGCCGGAUAGACAUGACACCAGCCUGGUGUAUCGCAAGCUGACGCUGCCGGAGCUGCAGCAGCUGGUGCCGCAGCUGAACUGGACGCAGUACUUGCAGUCCUCGCUGGGCGAGAGCAUUCCGCUGCAGCCGAACGAGCAGCUGGUGACCUAUGGCAUGAGCUAUCUAACGGAAAUGGCGCGCAUUGUAAAGGGCACCGAUAGGCGUGUGGUGCAGAACUAUAUGCUGUGGCGUCUGGUCAUGUCGCUGAUGACGCACAUGAUCGAUGAGUAUCAGCGGGAGCGCGUGGAGUUCCGCAAGAUUCUGAUGGGCAUACAGUCGGAGCGCACGCGCUGGUCACAGUGCGUCGAGUGGACGAACAAGAAGCUGGGCGUGGCUGUGGGCGCGCUGUUCAUACGCGACAACUUCAAUCAGGACAGCAAGGAGGUGGCGCUGGAGAUGAUUCAUACCAUACGGCAGGCGUUCAAUGAGCUGCUGGCGGAGAAUCACUGGAUGGACGACGAGACGCGUGCGGUGGCCAAAGAAAAAGCGGAUUCAAUGAAUGAGCGCAUUGGCUAUCCCGAAAUACUGACGAAUAUAACCGAACUGGAGCAGGAAUAUGCAAAUCUGACCAUAGUGCCGGAUAACUUCAUCGACAAUGUGCUCAACAUUCUGCAGUGGGAGUCACAAAAGGGAUUGCAUCUGCUGCGCCAGCCUGUGGACAAGGAGAAGUGGACUACGGAGCCGGCAGUGGUGAACGCUUUCUACAAUCCCAACAAGAAUGACAUAGUUUUUCCCGCUGGCAUUUUGCAGCCGCUUUUCUAUAGUCAGCACUUUCCCAAGUCGCUGAACUAUGGCGGCAUUGGUGUGGUCAUUGGCCAUGAGAUUACGCAUGGCUUCGACGACAAGGGGCGUCAGUUCGAUAAGGAGGGCAACAUGAUGCAGUGGUGGAACAAUGCGACCAUUGAGGCUUUCCGCGAACGCACCCAAUGCGUCAUCGAUCAGUAUUCCCGCUACAAGAUCAACGAGGUCAACAUGUACAUGGACGGACGCAUGACGCAGGGCGAGAAUAUUGCCGACAAUGGCGGCUUGAAGCAGGCGUUCCGAGCCUAUAAGAAGUGGGAGACGCUGCAUGGCAAGGAGCAAAUGCUGCCCGCUUUGAAUAUGACGCAUGAUCAGCUGUUCUUUCUCAAUUAUGCACAGAUCUGGUGCGGCUCAAUGCGUCCGGAGGAUGCUCUAACCAAAAUACGCUCCUCGGUGCAUUCGCCGGGCUUUGUGCGUGUCCUGGGGCCGCUUUCGAAUUCGCGCGACUUUGCUCAGGCCUAUCAAUGUGCCGUUGGCUCCACCAUGAAUCCGGCGGACAAGUGUAGCGUCUGGUAGAGUCACAGUCACAGUCACAGUCACAGUCACGCUCUAGCUCACUGUCAUGGUCACGUUCAGGCGUUGGGCGUAGUUUGAUUUUUUUAUACUAAGUGCUUUUGUUAGGGUGAACACUUUUUGCUUGAAAACAAAAAUAU